CUUCCGGCGCGCCGCCGCCCUGCUCUAGUCCCGAGGAGAUGGCGGCCGCUGUGCGUAGCCGGUGGUUCCGGUGCUGCUCCGCCCUGCUCAGACAACGUUUUCCUGUUCUGGCUAAUGCUAGGAGACGCUGUUUCUCAGGACUGAGUGGCCCAUGGAACAAAAUGGUGGGAGUGGGUUUUGGAGUAGCCCUGUGUGCAGUCCCUAUUGUACAGAAACAUGAGCCCACUUCUCUCAGCCAUGAAGCCUUGAUUAGAAGGGCAAUUUCUCUGGUAACAGACAGUACUUGUACUCUUCUCUCUCAAACAACAUAUGCAUUAAUUGAAGCAUUAACAGAGUAUACAAAGGCAGUUUACACACUGGUCUCUCUCUACCGGCAAUAUACAAAUCUUCUUGGGAAAAUGAAUUCCAAAGAGGAGGAUGCAGUAUGGCAGGUGAUCAUAGGAGCAAGAGUUGAGAUGACUACAAAGCAGCAAGAAUUCCUGAAGUUAGAAUCCAGUUGGAUGACUGCUUUACAUCUUUCAGAGAUGGCAGCAGAAGCUGCAUAUCAAUCAGGUGCAGAUCAAGCUUCAGUGACAGCUCGCAACCAUAUUCAGCUGGUGAAAACACAGGUGCAAGAGGUACGACAGCUGUCACAGAAAGCAGAGACCAAGUUAGCUGAAGCUCAGACAGAAGAGCUCAUUAACACAAAAGUUGAGGAAUCGUCACAGCCAUGCAGUAUCCCAAAAACCACAGAGGAAGUUGAAGAGUCUUAUCUUCGCGAAGACUGAAAAAAAAACUUCCAAAUAUCACCUGUGGAGUAUCUGAUAGCAUACCACUAAUUCCAGGGCCCUGAGUUUCCCACAUCAUUAAGAAAAUAGAUGUUGGAUAAGGAAAAGGCAUUGAAGACAGGCAUGCUAUCUGUUGAUAAUUGGUGGCAGUGGGCAAUAAUUUUCUCCCCCACAGAUUUGCUAUACCUUAGCCACCAGCCAGAUUCAGGUGUUUGAAACUUCUUUAUUUUUUAAAUUACCAUUAUUAUAAUAUGCAUUGUUAGUAAAUUUUUAUUUAAGUGUACAACUAUGCAAAUGUGAAAUUAGCUGUUAAAGAUACUUUGUUGAUGAGUGUUUGGGUCUGCUGCCAUGAGGGUCUAAUUCAGAUGAUUUAAUACUAAACCCUUGGAAAUUCCCAAUGUCUAAAACUAAUUGUAGAUUGCAACCAAAGAGGGACAUUUAAAAAUAAUUAUUUCUAGUCUAUGAAGCAAGUUAAUCUUAGUGGGUAUUAUAUCUCUAGUCGAACAACAGAAUUACAUUUCAUUGUCAGAAAGUCAGUUUGGUUAACAAUGUUGAUUUUUUUAGUGCUGUUUUCUAAUUAUUUUGACUGUGACAAUUCAUAAUGGAUAUCUCAUUGUUUAAUAAAACGCAAACUACUGUA